AUGUGCAAAAUUGCAAGAACAAGGCAUGUGCAAGAUUGCAAGAACAAGGGCCUAGCUGUCAGAACAUAUAGCUUAGGGGGAGGUGGCGGUGGAGACGGGGGUGGCGGUGGAGGCGGGGGUGGCGGUGGAGGCGGGGGUCGGAGUGGCUCGUCCCAGAGGAGCAGCUCUGGGGGUGGUCAGCGCCAGCAGCAGCAGCAGCAGCAGCCGCAGCAGCAGCCACAGCAGCAGCAGCGCUCUCGCACCUGA